GGCCGCGGCUGCAGAUGCAGGGGCUGGCGGGGCGCCGGCGGCACCGGCGGGGGUUGCAUCAGACGAGGCGCUCCGCCGGGCCGGCUGGGUUAAGGGAGCCGGGAGCCGGGGGGUCGGGAACCGGGGGUCGGCCCGGCGGCGCUCCGCGCGAUGCUGCGGACAGCCCCGCGGCUGCUGCGGACCAUCUGCACGACGGCCGCGGCUUAUCAACAUAAGCUAAAACUAGCCCUUAUAGGUCAAAGUAUUUUUGGACAAGAAGUUUAUAACAAGUUGAGAAAAGAGGGACAUAAAGUUGUGGGAGUGUUCACAGUGCCUGACAAGAAUGGACAAGCUGAUCCUUUGGCACUGGCAGCGGAGAAGGAUGGCACUCCUGUUUUAAGUUCCCCAGAUGGAGAGCUAAAGUUCAUCCCCAUGGAUGUUAUUGACUGCCCAAAACAUGGCUCAAUUAUUUACCAUCCAUCCAUCCUACCACGCCACCGAGGAGCUUCUGCAAUCAACUGGACUUUAAUUCAAGGAGACAAGAAAGCAGGAUUUACUAUUUUCUGGGCUGAUGAUGGUUUGGACACCGGACCAAUCCUUCUGCAGCGAGAAUGUGAUGUUGGCCAAAAUGAUACUGUGGAUGAUCUGUAUAACCGGUUUCUCUUCCCAGAAGGAAUAAAGGCUAUGGUGGAAGCUGUACAUCUAAUUGCUGAUGGUAAGGCCCCUCGUAUACCUCAGCCUAAGGAAGGGGCAACAUAUGAAGGGAUCCAGAAAAAGGAAAAUGCAGAGAUCUCCUGGGACCAACCUGCAGCAGCUUUGCACAAUUGGAUUCGAGGGCAUGAUAAAGUGCCAGGAGCAUGGGCAACAAUAGAUGGCCAGGUCGUUACUUUUUAUGGGUCAUCAUUACUUGAUGCUUCAGUGCCUGCUGGACAAGAGCUGGCAAUAAAAGGUGCUACAAGACCUGGACUUGUAACCAGGAACGGUCUAGUCAUUUUUGGUAAUGAUGGGAAAAUGGUACUAGUGAGAAAUCUGCAGUUUGAGGAUGGAAAAAUGAUCCCUGCAUCCAAAUACUUCUCUGCCGAUGAAACAACUGCCCUGGAACUUACAGAAGAGGAGAAGAAGAUGGCAGAAGAUAUUAGGGCUAUUUGGAAGGGAAUUUUGAGCAAUGUUGCUGUAAUCGAGGAUUCCACAGACUUCUUCAAAUCCGGAGCAUCCUCUAUGCAUGUUGUCAGAAUGAUAGAAGAGAUCAAACAGAAAUAUGGUGGACUUCAACUACAGAAUGAAGAUGUGUACAUGGCCACUAAGUUUGCAGAUUUUAUUCAAAUGGCUGUCAGAAAAUUCAGAGGAGAAGACAAGGAAGAAGAGUUAGUAAUUGAUUAUAUUUCAAAAAACGUGAACAACAUGACUGUGAAUAUGCCAUACCAGUGUUUCAUAAAUGGGCAAUUUAUAAAUGCUGAUGAUGGAAAAACAUAUGACACUGUAAAUCCAGCAGAUGCAUCAGUAAUAGCCAGUGUUUCUUCUGCUUCACUGGCUGAUGUUGACAAGGCAGUGGCAGCAGCAAAGGAGGCAUUUGAAAAUGGUGAAUGGGGAAGAAUGAAUGCGAGGGAAAGAGGGCGACUCAUGUACAGACUUGCAGACCUGAUGGAAGAACAUCAAAAAGAGUUAGCAACAAUAGAGUCUAUUGACUCAGGAGCUGUCUACACUUUAGCUUUGAAGACCCAUGUUGGAAUGUCUGUGCAAACAUUCAGAUACUUCGCUGGAUGGUGUGACAAAAUUCAGGGUGCUACAAUUCCAAUUAACCAGGCCCGGCCAAACCAUAAUCUUACAUUCACCAAGAAGGAGCCAAUAGGUGUCUGCGCAAUUGUUAUCCCCUGGAACUACCCACUGAUGAUGCUUGCAUGGAAGAGUGCAGCAUGCUUGGCUGCAGGCAACACACUUGUACUCAAGCCAGCUCAGGUCACACCUCUGACUUCCUUGAAGUUUGCUGAACUCUCAGCUAAAGCUGGAUUUCCUAAGGGUGUUAUAAAUAUUCUGCCUGGUUCAGGUGGCUUAGUGGGACAGCACCUGUCUGAACAUCCAGAUGUUCGCAAAGUUGGAUUCACUGGUUCAACACCAACUGGUAAACAGAUCAUGAAGAGUGCAGCCAGUAAUCUGAAGAAAGUUUCUCUUGAACUUGGUGGUAAAUCACCAUUGAUCAUAUUCAGUGACUGUGAACUUGACAGAGCUGUAAAAAUGGGUAUGGGAGCAGUAUAUUUCAACAAAGGAGAAAACUGCAUUGCAGCUGGCAGGCUGUUUGUGGAAGAAUCAAUCCAUGAUGAAUUUGUUAGAAGAGUGGUGGAAGAAAUAAAAAAGAUGAAAAUUGGUGACCCACUUGAUAGAUCUACAGACCAUGGUCCGCAAAAUCACAAGGCACAUUUGGAAAAGCUGCUGCAAUAUUGUGAAAUUGGUGUAAAAGAAGGAGCCACUCUAGUGUAUGGAGGAAGACAAGUAUGUAGACCAGGUUUCUUCAUGGAACCCACUGUUUUCACAGAUGUUGAAGACCAUAUGUAUAUUGCCCAGGAAGAGUCCUUUGGUCCUGUGAUGGUGAUUUCUAAAUUUAAAAAUGGGGAUGUUGAUGGAGUGCUGCGCCGAGCAAAUACUACAGAAUACGGCUUGGCUUCAGGAGUUUUCACAAAAGACAUAAACAAAGCCCUCUACAUCAGUGAAAAGCUAGAAGCUGGAACAGUUUUUAUUAACACAUAUAACAAAACUGAUGUGGCAGCACCAUUUGGUGGAUUUAAGCAGUCUGGCUUUGGAAAAGAUUUAGGUGAAGAAGCUCUUCAUGAAUAUCUCAGAACUAAGACUAUCACUGUGGAAUAUUAAAGUAACAGCUUCACUUGGAAAGUAAAGUUUUGGCGGAGUUUGAAUCUUAAUGACUCCAUGAAGCACCUCAUGCCCAGGAUAUGCUGUCUGCUAUGCUACAAGCAAAACAAACAAACAAAACAAACAAACAAAAAAAAAAGGGAAACAAAACACCCAUUCCAUGGAUAAGUUUCUACAAAUCAGGUCUAAAUUUUAGUCUGACAGAUAUAAGCUUUUGGAAAUUAACCUGUUAUUUAAAUUAUGCAGCAGCAGCAGUUGUUAGCACAAUUUCCACCCCCCCCAACAUGAUUUCAUUUAUUUUUUAAAAUACAGCUGAAAAGAGUUCUUGAAUGCCUACUUAUUUGUGUGAAAAUAAUAUUUACACAAUCAUUUAAAAUCCUUUGUUAUUAGGCUUCUCUUCAAGUUGAGCUAAAAUACACUGAUUAUGCCAUUAGUGAUAUAAGCCAGAGUUCGAGUUUUACAGUAGCAAUUGAGCAUUCUGCUCUGGUGAUUCUUCAGCAGUACAGAAAACCUUUGUGCCAUAAGAAGUAAAUCAAUGCAAGAAAGUGCACUUACUAUGAUCUUUGUAUAGUAUAUACAGAGUUCAACAUUGGUGUUAAACUAUGCAUAUCAAGCUAAAGUUUCUGAAAAUGUUUUCUAUCUUUUUGUUGUUAUGGAAUGUGUGAUCUGCCUGGAAUUUGAAAGGUGGCUACAUUAACAGAUUAAAAUCACUUUUUGUGUCUGUGCACAUGGACUGUUACCACUGUUUUAUACAGCAUGAUUGUUAUUUUGUAUUUCUACUUACUUUUUUUUUUAUUAAUCUACAGGAAAAUACCUUGUAACAUGUCUGAAUUAAGAUGUUGGCUUUCAAACUUUAUUGCCUGUGAAGGAAAUUUUCCAUAGAUCAAGACCAUUUCUAAAAAACUAAACUUACUAAAACCACUUGCUCUUCUUAGAGCACAAUUCCACCCAAUGCUUAAUCUGAUCUGUGAGCUGCCAUUAAAAGUAUCAGUCCCAUUCUUUGAUUCCCAUCCUUCCCCUUCACUAAAAUAUUUUGUGGUUUAAUCAGUUAACAGUAGUAAAUCAUGACCUCGUUCAUUGUGAAAGAAAGACCAGAAUCCUUGUUAUUUCUUAUCACAAAUAUUACAGAUAUUAAAACUGUAAGUAUGGGAUUCAAAAGAAAUUCUGUAAAUAAUUGUAGGUUUCAAGUCACGACAUUAAGUUUAAUGUCUAAGAAAUACAAUAUAGAAAAACUUUAAUGGUGUAGAAAAUACAAAGUUCCUUUAAGAAACAAACAAUAACAUCCAGGAGCAUGACAGAUACUUCUGAAAUGCAAACCCAUCUAUGAAGUAAAUACAACAGAUCACUGUAUUUGAUCAAUCUGAUGUAAGUAUGAAUAAAUUAUACUUUCACUGAUUUUGGCUUCACAAUUGUUUCAAGCUAAGCUAAGUUCAGGCCAGCUAAAAAUUGACUUUUUAUUCUGAUGGCAGUGACAGUUGAUAACAAUGGGAAGGACAGAAAUGUGGCAGGGAAAGUGGGAGAUGAAGAGCAUAGCUUAGAGUAACUGUAACACCAGAGAGGCAGACUCAGCUGUUUAAGUGCUGAGGGUAUCUGCACUGCAGCCACAAACGUUCCAGAUAAGAGCUAGGAAACUACCCAUAAGGAGAUGGAGCUCAGCGCAGGCAUAGAGGGUAAGUAAUCCUCUGCUGAACCCUCUCCUGAGGUAUGGCUGUCCUUACCCAUGCUAGCUCUCCUUGAAAUGACCUUGGCCACUGCUUCAGUGUUCAACAGCUAUUGUCAUGAAUGUAAUGUAGACAUACCUCUAGUGUACUUUAAGAUAAUGUUUAAUAUUGAAGACGUUGUACAUAACACUUCACAGGACAUGAAAUAUGAAAAACAAAGCUUUUUUCCUAGUUAACUCUAUCCUGCCCUUGAAGCAAAAACUUCUUCUAGCACACUAUAAAAAUCUUUCUUCAACAAAGCAACAGAACAAGACUUUUAGCUAGUUCAAGUGCCCCAAAUCCUAGUAGCUUUGUCUAACCUACUAUGCAGUUCAUUUCCAUGCUGAUCAGUGAAUAAAACCAUACUUAAUUCUUCAGAAAUCCAGCCUGUCUCAGUCAUGAGUGGAUCCUGAAUUCUCCACCAUGUAAACUAUAGCAUUUCUCAUGAUCCUGAGGGAUGCUACAUUAGGAAACAAGGUAGUUUUAAGGGCCAAGUCUUCAAAGAAAUAAAACACAAGUUGGGUUUCUUAUUGGGUUGUUUGGGUUUUUUUUUUGUUUGUUUUUUUUUUUUUUUUUUUUUUUC